AUGGGCGACGUGUUUGGGAACGAGAGUGGUGUCCGCGAGGCGAUGCGAUGCGCUCGGCUACUGCUCGCGACUUGUGCGACGCUCUGGCUCGCCUCCCUGCUCAACCCCGAUGCGGCCAGCGCAGGCAACGUCUUCUCGUCGGUGGCGCACAUGAAAGACCUGAUGUCCCUGGAGCGCAGGCUCGUCGAGAAGCUCGGUGACUUCUUGCACAGCAUGGAAACCAAGCUGGGAUACAUGCACAGCUUUCUGAACGACUACUACGAGACCAAGGCGUACCAAGACCGGCAGCUGACGCACUCUUCAGCUGAGCAUGAGUACGGCACCGCGCAGGAUAGUGCACCACUUCAGGAGCCCGACUGGAUGGAGAUCGAGAAGCUGAUGGUGGAGUCGAACGACACGUUCCCGCGUCCGAGCGACCUGGUGGACGCCGGCGAGGCGCUCACUGUCAUCCAGAAGACGUACCGUCUCAACAUCACCGACAUGGCCAAGGGAGUAAUCAAGGGCCACAAGGCGAAGGCGCAGUUGACAGCGCGAGACUGUCUGUACUUCGGCCAGCUGCUGUACAACCAGUAUGACUUCGAGCCCGCCAUCAAGUGGUUCGAAGAGGCACUCACGAGGCUGAGCCUCGAGAAGCAACCGUCCGUCACGCCAGAGAUGGUGCACGGUUACCUCGACAGCAGUCUCCUGCAGCUGGAGGAACAGCAGCGGCAGCAGGAAGAAGAGCGCAACAGCACGGAACCUCACGCUGAAGUCAACCCGAAGGUGCCCACCCUUGCAAUGCCCUUCGCCGAAGGUUUCCAGGAGACGUUCAACGGCCUCUGCCGCGGAGAAAAAAUCCGGAAUGCUACCGAAGAGAAGGACCUGCGCUGUUACCUGAGCGUUCCGCACCCAUACUUCCGAAUCGGUCCGGUCAAAAUGGAGGUCAUGAGCCUAGACCCCUACAUUGUCCAGUUCUACGACGUCAUCUGGCCUGAGGAGAUAAGAGCAAUCCGCAACCUAGGAGAGCCCAUGCUCUCCCGCGCCACAGUCCGCGAGGCGGUCGAGCAAAUGGUGUCCCACGGCCGCAUCAGUCAGGUGGCGUGGUUGAGACCAGACACCGACCCGCUGCUAGAAAGGGUCAACGAACGGGUGGCCAUGCUCACCGGACUGUCCACAGACUACGAGGGUGGCGACUCCGAGAUCCUACAGUACAACUCCUACGGACCCGGAGGCCACUACGAACCGCACCACGACUACAUACUGGAGGGACUUACGGAGGAGCAGCCCAUCAUGCUGAUACCCUCGUAUGCCGCCCAUCAUGUGCAGCCCAUCAUCGUGCAGUCCAUCAUGUGCGAGCGCUAA